GCGGCCCCGUCCCCUCAGCGCGCGGCUGCGCGGCGGGAGCGGCGGGGGGGGGGGCGGCGGCGGGGCGGCCAUGGCGAAGCACACGGUGUCAUCGGCGCGGUUCCGCCGGGUGGACGUGGACGAGUACGACGAGAACAAGUUCGUGGAUGAGGAGGAAGGAGGCGACGGGCAAGCGGGGCCCGAUGAGGGCGAGGUGGACUCGUGCCUGCGGCAAGGGAACACGAUGGCCGCGCUGCAGGCGGCUCUGAAGAACCCUCCGAUCAACACAAAGAACCAGGCAGUGAAGGACCGCGCAGAAAGUAUUGUCCUGGAGGUCCUCAUCUCUUUCAAAGCCAACGAUAUUGAGAAGGCGGUGCAGUCGCUGGACAAGAACGGUGUCGACCUGCUGAUGAAGUACAUCUACAAAGGCUUUGAGAGCCCCUCGGACAGCAGCAGCGCUGUGCUGCUGCAGUGGCACGAGGAAGGUGUGUUCGCCCUGGCUGCUGGAGGAGUAGGGUCCAUUGUCCUGCGUUUUGGACUGCCAGGAAAACGGUUUAAAUCCAGCAGCGAGUGGCUGUCCGCCACCCACGGCGUGGGAAAUGCUGGUGCAAAAACCAAACCACCGAAUGCCAUUGCUGCCCCGUUCCUUGUGAUCAGUCAGAUGUUGGGUCCGCAGUGGGAAAAGUCACAACGGGAUGAAGUUGUCUGUCGUGCAGUUUGGGUGGUAGCGUUUAAAAGGUCGGUGGUCCAUUUAGACUGGAACCCAGCCCGGUGA